AUCCAAUAUCUAUAGAUACUUGUAAAUCAGAGUAAUCUCGACAUUCUCUUGUAUUGAGCAAGAUUCUCUAAUCCAAGUUCAGCUUCAGUAUCAAGUCAAUGGGGGCUGUUGGAUUAGUCUCUCAACUACUGUUGACAUACUCAAACUCCGAUAAGGAUGAAACCAACGAACAAAGCCUGUGUUUGUACACAUCCGCUUGUGAAGAAGAUCCAGAGCUCAAAUCACUUGGUUCUUCGCUUGAGCAACAAUUUAGCGAAUUGAAGACCUUGCUCGCUCCAGGAGGCAAGACUGAUCAAAAUUAUUCCAUAAACGCAGUCAAAAAGAUGAGCGGGUUUCUAACUGAAAUUGUAACGACCCGACUUUGAUUUUCAGAAUCUGUUAGCAUGCUAACGUCCGUGCAUUUACAUAAGACCCAAAGUUUGUCUAUAAAUAGCCACCUCCUAAUCCUGGCAACAUUGUUUUCUCCACCUGCAAACAAAGAAAAAGAAAAUGAGAAGUUGAGAGAGAGAGAGAGUUCAAGAAAAAGAGUGUGAGAAAUCUUUGAAGUGAAGCUAUUAGAGAGUUUUAAUCAUCAAUGGAGCACGCCAUCGACCACUGCACGCCAAGACCAAGUCGAGCUCGUCCCCACCGUUCACAACAGCAAGAAACCGCCGGAGGCCACCAUGCUUCUAAGCUUUGUUUCGGCCGUUUUGGCAAAUCGACCAUAUCUUCCUAACCGUCGCGAAUUUCGUGCAUGCAAGACCACCAUCGUGUUCCUCUCGUCGAGACGAAUCCAUAGCCACCAGAAUCGCCGCAAUCGGAGCUCGGACGAAGCCGUACGCACCCUCCGAAGUUUCGCCGGAAAUCGCCAACCCCACCACCGGACCACUGCUGCUCCGCCGUAGUUCGCCGCCGCCGGAACACCGCUUCUCCGCUGCCGGACCGCCGUUACCGCCGGUAAGCCUCCGCCGUCACCGCUGGUGACCGUCGCCGGAGACUCGCUGGUGACUCGGUCAACUCGGCCGAGUCGACUCAGCGGGUCAACUCGGUUGACUCGGUAAACCGGUCGGUUGACUGGUUUGACCCGAUUUAAAUUAAUUUCAAUUCGGUUAGAGUCGGUUAGGUUAAACCGGUCGGUUAUGUCAAAUUGAUUUCUGGUCAAGGUUUGACCGGGUUGACCUUUGACCAGCGGGUUGACUUUUCCGUAGACUUUGACCAGACCCGUUUUCACCCGUUCGAAGGGCGUUCUGACCCGAAAUUUCGCCCUGAUUUCAGAUUUGGAGUCUAUUUGAGCAUCUGAAGUUCAUAGAUACCACUUCUCUACAUUUUCUAAGGUGAGGGCUAUUCCCGAACUUCUCGUAUGCGGCUUAGGAUUUUGAAUAAAUAUAAUUUAUUUUUAAUAUGUUCCGUCUGCGUGAAAUCGAGUCUGUCAUUGCUUGUUUAGCUUAGGUUGCUUGCUUAGUUAGGUUGCUUGCUUAAACUGGAACUAGGGUGUUAGAUGGUUCAACAUUGAUUGCUUCACUUAAUGUAAUCUUUAGUUAGAUUUGUUUGUAGAUGGCUAAAGGAAGGUGUUCCUGUUAGCUUGUUUGGAGGUUACAGCCGCCUUAGUCGACCGGUUAAGCUGUAACCUCGGUGGGUCGAUAAAUCGUCUACGGGCGGUGAUACCGAGCACUAUCUCGGGCGGGUGUUGUAUUUAUUUUGGCCUGUUAGUGGGCAGCGAGUGCGCACCUCGCGUAGGACCAUUGUUUGUUGCUUGGGUACUUUAGGUGCCGUGCUUGUACGUAUUAGAUUUAAAUUAUCUUUAUUCAGAGUGUUAUGACCGGGUCCAUGGACUUCGGGGUAGCACCCCAUACCUCACUGAGCGAUUCCCCUAUCGCUCACCCCUCUUUCUUCCCUAUUUCAGGUGAGACAAGCAUCAAUGUGAUACGGGACGGACUCGGUGCUACUGGACUUUUCCUUCGGAUUUUAUUUUGGGCUUGGGCUGAGAGUAUAGUUAGGUAUAUGGCCUUUUGUAUUAUGUGUUAUGGUUGGUGGCCCGCCGUUCACUAUUUAGUGGAGACUGGUGUCACAUUGUUAUUUGUUGAGGUGUCGGUUGACACGUGGCCAUUUAGUUAGAAAGUGACGGGUGUCACAUUUUUGGUAUCAGAGCGCGGUUCCGUCCCGGUUCUGUCCCGGGAUGGCGGUCAGGGGAUUCGGUUUUCAACGUUUUCAAAUAUUUUAUAUAAUAUAUAAUAAUAAAAAAAAAAGUUUUGGAAAUUCUUUUAGCACCAUUCUGUCCAGUAAUUACUAACUCAAUUGUCUCUUUUUAUGACGAUGAGUAAAAUCAUCGUCAUUCGUUCUUCGGCCAAUAGUAAUCUACAAGACUUUCAGCAGAUGUGCGAUGUCUCAGUUUUUCAGAUUGCUCAGGAGUUUAUCCGUUUCUUCAGUCAUUACACCGAGGUUAUCCAGGAGUGGAUAUGUGACGUUUCUGCCACCACCCGAUUUCAAGCCAUCGUCCCACGAGUUUUUGUUACAUGAUUUUUAUGUGAUGUGAGGUUUGAGCCAUUGGUUGGCAUGUGUUGUGUAUGAGUACGAGUAUUGUGAUUAUUUUGGAGGGGUUAUAAACUCGUGGAGAUCGCUUUUGAAUUAGGGUGUGGCAACUUGCGUUGUGUUGAUGUUGGAGUUACACUUAGCAUGCUUGCCAGUUUUUGGAUGUGUUUAUCAUUUCAGAGAUGUGUCAGUUAGACAACUGGCAUAGGACGUUGGGAGCUAUUUAUAUUCAUCGGAGUUGUACUAGUCGUACGUGGAGAGGUCAGGUUAUUCAAGAAUCGUCAGAGUUGGAGCUGAGUUUUAUGAUGUCUCUAUUAAGGUGGAUUGGUUAUCAUGGUAUCAAGUACUGUUGAUUUUUCAAAGGGCAAGAGUUCGGAUUCUUGGAGUAGAUGUUGUUAUUAUUGCAUUAUGCUGAGGAGUUAUUGAUGGAGAUGCAAAUGGAUUUUUGGGUGACCAUUUCGAUGGUUCAAGAUGAUGGACGACAUUAGUCGGAUGACUUUCUAGUUAUUGCUGAAUAUGAGGAUGUAUUUGAGGAUUUUGGAAGACCAUAAGUGGAUAGAAGACACGUUUUUGCAAUUGAGUUGGAACCAAGGAUAGCACCGGUUUCACAAGUUCCAUACGGAUUAGUGCCAGUAGAGAUGGCCGAGCUGAAAAGACAGAUGGAAAAUAAAUCAGACCGGAGUUUUACCAGGCCGAGUACUUCAACGUGGGGAGCGCCAGUAUUGAUCGUUAAGAAGGAAUAUAGAGUUUUCAUGGUUUGUAUAGACUACAGAGGCUUGAACAUAUAGCCAUUGAGGAUAGUUACCGCUUUCGUCUUUUGAUGGGUUAUUGGAUUAAGCUGCAUGGAGAUUCAUCGUUUUCGAAAAUUGACUUGUCAACGGGAUACCAUCAGAUUGUUACAGCUGAAGAGUGUGUACGGAAUACGGUCCUCCGUACAUGUUGUAGAUAUUAUUAGAUUGUAAUGGUAUCAUUUGGGGAGACGAAUGCUUGGAUAAUAUUCAUGAAACUUAAGAAUAAAUUUUUUCGUGAGCACUUGGAUAAGUUGCAUGAUUGUAUUUAUCGACGACACAUUGAUAUAUUUCUGGAGUAUAUCGGAGUAUGUUGAGCAAUUGCGGAUUUUGUAUUUGACGCAGUAGGAUCAAGUCAUUGCAUAAACAUCAAGUCAGAUGAGGAACAUGGAUAUGGAGCAAUUUGGAGGAACAAUGGAUACUACAGUUGCACGUGAUUGGGAGAUGAGUUGAAGAGGAAACUAGGAAUUUAUUGAGUGCCUACCAGAAUUGUUUCUUAGAUUAACUAUGCAGUAUUUGCGUGAAGAUGCGCUAGUAUGGUGCAAAGGAGUACGAUGGAGUCACAUUGGACAUGAUAAAGUUACCUUUGCAGAUUUUAUCCAAGAGUCGACAUGAAGUACUUUGCAAAAGAAGCUAUGGAUAGGAAGAAGAGCGCCAUCGAGCAUGUAAACCAAAGAACCAUGAUUAUCAAGGAAUAUGAGAUUGGGAUCAGUAGACUUUGAAGAUUUUCUAGAGGUGGCAUUUCAGCAGGAGAACUAAUUAGAGAAUUUUGGAUGAGAUGCGAGUAGAGCUUCACACCAGAUGUUGUUACGUCAAUCACUGCAGAUUGAAAGAUUUAGUGGAGAAAGCUACUCAUCAGGAGGUAAGUCUAGCAGGGAGACAAGAACUUCUUUUAGCAGAUUAGACUAAUUCUAGAAGGGCAUCAUAGUCCCAGAAGUGAGCAGAAAACUAGUAUGGGAAACAGAGUUGUCCCCGUUGCCAUCACCGUCAUAGCGAGAAGUGUACUAAGUUUUAUGUUCGCAGUCAGUCAUCAUAUUGUUUGUGGCCAAUCAUUAUAUGCACGACUUGGAGUUAGCAUCAGUUGCAUUUGCGUUGAAAGUUGGAGAUUGUAAUUGUACGGAACGGAGUUGAGGUUCAUUGGGACCAUCAAAAUCUGAACUAUACGUUCACUCUUUAAAACUUAUACUUUGGGCAGUACUUAUGAUUUGUUUUGAGUUGGUAAGAGUCUACAGAUUGGAUAUCACGUGUCAUUUGGUAAGGUCAACCAAGUGGAACAUGAGCAAUGUCUUAAGAAACAAGAAGGUUCAAGAGAUCACUGGAACACUUGCAAGUUCGGGGAUUAUGUUCAGUUCAGUAGAGGAGGAUACAACUGGUUUUCGAUCACUAGACGUGCAGAUUUACUGUGGAGAGUACACCAAGCACAUGUUAGCGACAUGGCUUUAGUUAAACAGAUCAGGUUUGAGAGAUUUGGAUAUUCUACAGUUUUGAGCCGGAUGUACUUGUGCUAAAACCGAGUUUGUGUGUCGGACGAUAAGCUAUUAAGAAAAUGGAUCUUACAGCAAGUACACCACUUGCGUUUUCCUAUCUGCCCGGAAAAUGUUAAGAAAUUCAGAGAUAUGAGGUGUUAUUAUCUUCGGACUAGUAGGAAAAAAAGGGGUUGUAGCUACAUUGCAUUGCAGCACAAGAUAUGCCAGAUGAUUAUGUAUGAGGACGAGUUACCUAUCAUUGUUAUGUUGAGCUUGCUUUUAUCAGAGUGGAAACGAGGUUUGGUGAUUAUGGAUAUUGUUACUGGAUUGUCGACCACCACAUGCAUAGUCUUGGAUAGACUCACCGAGUAAGUUUAUUUUUUUUAGUAAUUAAGGAGACAGACAGAACUGAUCAGUUGUGUUACACGGAGUUCUCGCCAGCUUUGUAUCAGACCGGGAAGCAAAGUUUAUAUCUGCAUUUUGGAGAGCUUCUCAGAAGACGCUUGAGACAAAUAUUUAUUUGAGUACGAUUAUCAUCCGCAGUUAGUUAGCCAGACAGAGAAGAUCAUUCAGACUUUAGUGGAAUAGUUCGGGGCUUGUAUCUUUGAGUGGGAAAGAAGCUCGAGGAUAUCUACCUCUCGCACAUUUCAGUUACAAUGAAAGCUAUCAUAUGAGUAUUAGGUGGGCACCAUAUGAAACUCUUUAUGGUAAGCCUCACCGUACACCACUUUUAGACAAAAGUGGGGGAGCAACAAGUAUAAGACCAUCAAUGGUUCAAAAAAGAGUAAAGCAAAUGGACAUGCUUAAAGUUAGAUUUAAGGAAGAUCAUGACCGUCAGAGGAAUUAUGAAGUUAAACGUCGUAAGGAUUUGAAGUUACGGAUUAGCGAUCAAGUAUACCUGAAAAUGAGGACAUUUCAGAAAUGAUAUAAGAUAUAUAAGAUUCAGAAGUUAAAAGGAUUAAACCGAGAAAAAUCGGGAUAGAGCCAGAGCUCAAUUUACAGCAGCCGCCAGAUGACUUCCGAAAAAUUGUGUGCAUCUUAUCAGUUAGUGGAGGUUAGAGAUCGUCAAGUGAAAGUAUUUAAUGGAUUGUCGACUAUGUAUGUCAGAGUUCGUUAGAAAAGAGAUGAGAUUCAGUAGGAGGCCUCAGAGACAUAGCAGAUGGAUUAUUCAAAGAUUUGUUACGUUGAUAUUGAGGAGUCAACGGAAGACUCGAAUUCGAGGACGAAUUCCUUAUUAGUGUGGGAGAAUUGUAACGACCCGACUUUGAUUUUCAGAAUCUGUUAGCAUGCUAACGUCCGUGCAUUUACAUAAGACCCAAAGUUUGUCUAUAAAUAGCCACCUCCUAAUCCUGGCAACAUUGUUUUCUCCACCUGCAAACAAAGAAAAAGAAAAUGAGAAGUUGAGAGAGAGAGAGAGUUCAAGAAAAAGAGUGUGAGAAAUCUUUGAAGUGAAGCUAUUAGAGAGUUUUAAUCAUCAAUGGAGCACGCCAUCGACCACUGCACGCCAAGACCAAGUCGAGCUCGUCCCCACCGUUCACAACAGCAAGAAACCGCCGGAGGCCACCAUGCUUCUAAGCUUUGUUUCGGCCGUUUUGGCAAAUCGACCAUAUCUUCCUAACCGUCGCGAAUUUCGUGCAUGCAAGACCACCAUCGUGUUCCUCUCGUCGAGACGAAUCCAUAGCCACCAGAAUCGCCGCAAUCGGAGCUCGGACGAAGCCGUACGCACCCUCCGAAGUUUCGCCGGAAAUCGCCAACCCCACCACCGGACCACUGCUGCUCCGCCGUAGUUCGCCGCCGCCGGAACACCGCUUCUCCGCUGCCGGACCGCCGUUACCGCCGGUAAGCCUCCGCCGUCACCGCUGGUGACCGUCGCCGGAGACUCGCUGGUGACUCGGUCAACUCGGCCGAGUCGACUCAGCGGGUCAACUCGGUUGACUCGGUAAACCGGUCGGUUGACUGGUUUGACCCGAUUUAAAUUAAUUUCAAUUCGGUUAGAGUCGGUUAGGUUAAACCGGUCGGUUAUGUCAAAUUGAUUUCUGGUCAAGGUUUGACCGGGUUGACCUUUGACCAGCGGGUUGACUUUUCCGUAGACUUUGACCAGACCCGUUUUCACCCGUUCGAAGGGCGUUCUGACCCGAAAUUUCGCCCUGAUUUCAGAUUUGGAGUCUAUUUGAGCAUCUGAAGUUCAUAGAUACCACUUCUCUACAUUUUCUAAGGUGAGGGCUAUUCCCGAACUUCUCGUAUGCGGCUUAGGAUUUUGAAUAAAUAUAAUUUAUUUUUAAUAUGUUCCGUCUGCGUGAAAUCGAGUCUGUCAUUGCUUGUUUAGCUUAGGUUGCUUGCUUAGUUAGGUUGCUUGCUUAAACUGGAACUAGGGUGUUAGAUGGUUCAACAUUGAUUGCUUCACUUAAUGUAAUCUUUAGUUAGAUUUGUUUGUAGAUGGCUAAAGGAAGGUGUUCCUGUUAGCUUGUUUGGAGGUUACAGCCGCCUUAGUCGACCGGUUAAGCUGUAACCUCGGUGGGUCGAUAAAUCGUCUACGGGCGGUGAUACCGAGCACUAUCUCGGGCGGGUGUUGUAUUUAUUUUGGCCUGUUAGUGGGCAGCGAGUGCGCACCUCGCGUAGGACCAUUGUUUGUUGCUUGGGUACUUUAGGUGCCGUGCUUGUACGUAUUAGAUUUAAAUUAUCUUUAUUCAGAGUGUUAUGACCGGGUCCAUGGACUUCGGGGUAGCACCCCAUACCUCACUGAGCGAUUCCCCUAUCGCUCACCCCUCUUUCUUCCCUAUUUCAGGUGAGACAAGCAUCAAUGUGAUACGGGACGGACUCGGUGCUACUGGACUUUUCCUUCGGAUUUUAUUUUGGGCUUGGGCUGAGAGUAUAGUUAGGUAUAUGGCCUUUUGUAUUAUGUGUUAUGGUUGGUGGCCCGCCGUUCACUAUUUAGUGGAGACUGGUGUCACAUUGUUAUUUGUUGAGGUGUCGGUUGACACGUGGCCAUUUAGUUAGAAAGUGACGGGUGUCACAGAAAUGAACCAAAAGAUGGGGGAGAGCAUUAUCGCCAGCGAAGAUGUAUUUAAGAACGAAGAGCUAAGGUCUUUGGUUGAUCUCUAUUAUGAGAGUUCCACCAAGACUUUAGAUAUAUUUAAUACAGUGGGGAGUUCCGCCAAUAAAGCAAAACAAAGCAUUGUGAGCAUCCGAAUAGCGAUCCAAAAGUUUGAAAAAGAGUCAGAUAAUGGAGGAAACAAGAAGUACGAGGAUACGUUAGAGGGGCUGAACAAGGUCAAAGCUAUGGGAGAUCCUUUUGGUGACGAGUAUAAGAAUCAGAUGGAGUCUGUACGCGCGGAUCAGCUUAUUCUUUUAGGGAAGUUCCAUGAGCUUGCGGUGAAGCUUGAUAGUAAAAAGAAGAUAUUCAAGAAAAAGAGGAGAUGGGUGACUAUUCUUUACGCUACCGCGGCUAUGUCUUUUUUGGCCGCAGAGAUUUGUAUAUGCAUAGUCAUACCUCCGUUGGGGUUGUAUACUGCGGUUGCGGCUGCCACUGGGGUGAACUACGUGAUUGGAACUGUAGGAGUAUUGGUCAAUGUGGUGUUGAAGAACCGUGAGAAGGAUUUGGAUAGACAGAAAGAGGUGGUCGAUAUAAUGAAGGACAGCACGGAUGUCAACAUCCAAAUGACAAAUACGGUACAUAGCCUAGUCGAGAAGCUUACUGUGAGUCUCUCAUCGAUUUUGUUUUCAGUGGAGCAUGCUGUGGUUGAAAGAGAAGAGGUGGCCGUAAAAAAUUUGAUGGAAGCAAUCCGUGACGAAGUGGAUACGUUUGCUACGGCUGUCAAGGAAGUUGGUGAAGCUGCGGCUAGGUGUAGCACGUGUGUCUCUUCUGGUAAACUACAAGUCCUGGAACACAUAACCAAGUUAAUGUCAUCGCGAGGGAAGAAACCACACCUUUUCGAACGCAUAACCAAUUCAAUGUCAUCGAAAGGAAAGAAGAAGUAAACUAUCCAAUGCCUAUAGAAAACCUUUGGAAAGGUUAUCAAAAAAAUAUCCAAAAUAUUUAUACUUUUAUAUUAAUGUUUGAAGUGUGAGAAACUCAUUUUUUAUGUGUGAAUCAUAAUUGGACUUUACGGUUCAUUGUCCUUUCAGUUUGUCAUGUCGGCCAUAUCCAUCAUAUACGAUAGGAUUGGUUUAUGUAAGUUUAAAUAUAUUAAUAUUGUUUUAUA